ACACUGUGUUUGUUUCGAUAGAUUUAUGAAAGAGAGAAAUAAGGAAGAGAGAAAUAGCAAAGAAAUAAGGCAUUUCUUCAGUUUGGAUGAAGAGAGAAAUAAGGAAAGAGAGAAGUUUUUUAGGUGGGUCCCAUAUAAAAAUAAAUCUCUCCUCAUGAGGCGAGAUUUGUGUUUGAGAGAGUGAAAAACUGCAUCUUCCCACGAUGCCCUUCUCCACUUUGGCGGCAAUUUGUGAACUUUCCCUCUUCUUUUUUUCUCCACCUUCAUAUAGCAGUUCCUCACAACUCUUUGUUGGUAUAGCAGGAACUUCAUCUUCACCUUCUCUAUUUUGCACCUAUCAAUCAGGUAAUAAAUUUCAUAUUCACUCUCAUCUUAUUGUUUGAGAUCUUUAUCAGUAUCAUAAUUUGAGUUAUUACUCCAUUAUAAUUUAAAUUGGAACAAGUAUUGUUGUUAUGUUCUUUCUCUUUUCCCCUAUGUUUAAUACAAUAGAUGUUCUUUGUAUUCCUUAUUUUUGCUGUCGUUAUGUUUUAAGAAUUGAAAAAUUCACUUUUUUGUGUAUUACCUAGUUUGGGUUUAUUGGUUUUGGUUAGCAAUGAAAAAAAAUGACGUUAUAUGUUAACAAUGGAGACUUGAUUAACUCACCAACAUCUAUGUUAGGACAUAGAUGCUUAUCAGUUUAGUAUAUUCUGUCAUUUUUUAUGAACUUACAACUUGACAUAUGACUUAAAAGUGUUGAAUAUAAGAUUGGAUUAAGAUUUAAGUAGUGUUAAAUAAUUUAAGAAAAUAACAUAAUUAAAUUUAAUUAUAAGUGUCGGUGUCGUAUCGGUGUCGGACAUUUACACGUCGACACCGAUAAUAAUUUAAGAAAAUGACAUAAAUCAAUUUCGUUAUAAGUGUCGGUGUCGUGUCACCAUCGCAUGUCUAACACUGAGACAUGCAUAAUUAGAGGAUUUUAUGUGCUUCAUAAGUAAAUUGAAUAUACUUGAAUUAGGAAAGAGUUAUUCUUAGCUUCAUUAUAUUUUAUUAGUAUUACUUAAUGUCUGCAAAAAUGAUAGCAGUCCUCAAAAAGUUCAAAUAUGGAUAGAGAAAUGGUUGUUGACAAUGGGGAUAGUGUGAACAAUGAUGAUUUGAUCAAUGACAUUAAUCAAGUGAAGUCACAGCUAAAACAAAUUACUAAUGUGAAGAUGGGUUAUGAAAUCCAACUGCUGAAUGUUUUGAUGGAAGACAUAGAUAAGAGGCAGCGUAUAUGCGUUGUAGUUUUGUUGUGUCAUAUUGUCCGUGCAUUGCAUUUGUUGGAAAUCAUAUUGCCAAGGCAUGCUCGUAAUCCUACUAUUCGUGAUCAUUAUGAGAAGGAGCGUAGACGUGUUCAAUUAAUGACACAUUUAGUACAAACUGAAAGAUGUCGAGACAUCAUCCGCAUGAGUCCUGCAGCAUUUAUGAAAUUAUGUGAAAAAUUGAGGUCCACUGGUAUAGUAAAGGAUUCCACAAAAGCAACUAUUGAGGAGCAAGUUGCUAAGUUCUUGCACAUUGUUGGACAUAAUGUUAAAAAUCGAACAGUGUCUUUCUUUUUUCAUCGUUCGGGAGAAACAGUAAGUCGUCAUUUCCACAAUGUGUUACGGGCUAUAAUAUCUUUAGUAGAUGAGUUCAUUGUUCAGCCCACUGGUGCAGAAGUACCUCCAGAAAUACUUCACAAUCCUAGAUUCUUCCCUUUUUUUAAGGAUUGCAUUGGGGCUAUAGAUGGCACACAUAGUCGUGUCAAGGUACGAAGAGCAGAUGCCCCUCGAUUUCGUGGAAGGAAAGAGUACACCACACAAAAUGUUUUUGCUGCAUGUAGCUUCGAUAUGAAAUUCACAUAUGUGUUAAGUGGUUGGGAAGGAACAGCAUCCGACUCUAGAAUUUUAAAAGAUGCUUUGUCUAGAGAAGAUUCAUUACUAAUUCCUGAAGGGAAAUAUUACCUUGGGGAUGCAGGAUUUCCCUUAAAGGGAGGGAUACUUACACCAUAUAGAGGUGUUCGUUACCAUCUGAAGGAGUACUCAGCUAGAGGUCCCCAAAAUCACAAAGAAUUAUUCAAUCUUCGACACUCAUCACUUCGAAAUGUCAUCGAGAGGACAUUUGGUGUACUUAAGAAGAGAUUUCCAAUUAUAGGUGGUGGUAAUGAGCCAUAUUAUUCGUUUCCCGUCAUGACAGAUAUUUUCAUCGCGUGUUGCAUACUGCAUAACUACUUGAUGGGAGUUGAUGUUGACAACCAAAUCAUAGAUGAAGUUGAUCAGGAAUUGCAACAACGUGACAUAGAUCGAAGUUCCACGAAUCAACGUGACGAAGAUUAUAGACAAGGAGCAAAUAUAAGAGAGAAUGUUUCGACUGGAAUGUGGAAUGAAUACCCGCUAUAAUUCUUAAUGAAAACUUUUUUCGUUGUAUUUUAUUUGGCGUGAAUGUUGAAACAAUAAUUUGUAGUCAUAGUGUCGGUGUUUUCUAUUUCAUUGUAGUUGUUAAUGGAACAAGACUAGUUUUAAUAUUUGCUUGCAACAUUUUUGUACAACCACAUUAUCAGUUUAUUAUAUUACUUUUUUAGCUCCA